AUGGCACGAGGGCCCGGAAAGGCCCGCGACUUCGACUACUCCAACGUGGGAACCACGGGAAGACGCACCGGUAUUUCUCUCAAAGAGGGGCGACGCGAUGAGCAUGGAAUGGAAGAAGUGGACGGCCUCUUCUCCUCGCCCGAGAAGUCGCCAGUCGGGCUCCCUGCGUUUGAAGAGGAGAAUGCAUCCUCAACUGGGUCCGAUGAAAUGUCAAUGGAUGAAGGCAAUGCGCCGGAUCCAAUGGACUUUCUCAGGAGUGCCAAUGGCCCACGAACCUCUUUCCUUUCCCCGUCCGCUGCGCGGUCGCCAAUGAAGACUGGCCUCACUGGGUCUCCACGAGGGCCUACUGCAUUGCGAUCAACCCCGGAACUGCAGGAUAUCCAUGAGUCCUCAAGUCCGUACGAUGGCAAUGGCUCAGCUAGUGCGCAGGAAAAUUCGCCUCCGGACCCCUCUCCGCUAUCUACCCGCUCCGUGAACGCGGGACGAUUAAACCAGAAGAAAGACACAUGGAAGACAAAAGCUCAGUUAGCCGCAGAGUCCGAGCCUUCAGUGCUACCUGAUUUCUCCGAUGGCGAGGGCGAUGAGAAUGACGAGAAUGACGAGAAUGUAGGUACUAUUGCCCGCUUACAACAAGAUCUUGGCAAUAGCCUUGAUUCUCGGGCUGGUGCAGAGGAGUUUACGGAUCCUCUGGAGCAAAAUCAGAAUGGACAUGAUGACGCUUCUAUGGUUGACAAUACUCCACCCAGAACGGACGAGACUACAACAUCAAAGGCGAAUAAGAGCGCUGCAAAGACCGCCAAAGCAGAUAAACCGCCAGCCAAACCCCGCGGGCGUCCUCCGAAAUCUCAGCGUCGCGACAUUGAUGGAGAUGCCGAUACCAGACCAACCAAGAAAAGAAUGACGGCGAAAGUAGCACAGGCCGCGCGAGAACCUUUAGAGCCAGAACUGGAUCGCGUGGUGGACAAUUACGCCAACCGCACAGGUCCUUUGAAGGGCCGAAGUUUGUACAUUCUCAAGCGGGAAAACCCCGAGGACAUCAGUGCAACGCAUACUCGAUCUGGGCGGGUGUCUGUUCGCCCUUUGGCGUACUGGCGCAAUGAACGUUGUGUCUUUGGUGAUGGGGAAGUCGCGGAGGGACAUCGCUACCCCCUUUCGACCAUCAAAGAAGUCAUUCGCACCGAAGAGCAAGAGCCUGAAAGGAAAAAUAAAUCUAAACGCGGUCGAAAAUCCAAGUCGAAGAAGCCAAGGAAUGACUCCUCGGAUGAGGAAGAUGGGGAUGCUGAUCUCUGGGAGCAAGAAGGUGGUGUUCUCCACGGCUAUGUCCAAACAUGGGACUCGAAAACGCAGACUAGUUCGAAAGAAGAAGAAGUUCUGGACGUUGCAUAUGCUCCUUCUGGCAUCGAAACGCGAGAGGUCAAAGGCUCAUCAUUCCGGUUUGCAAAACUUCUCAGUGGAACGUUCAUUGGUUCUGGAGUCGUGGAGCUUCCACCUAAAGGAGUGAAGAAACCCAAAAACUCGAAGAGGAUGCACAUGGUAUUCUACGUAUGCCACGGACGCGUGCAAGUAGACAUUUCAGGAAUUCAAUUCAGUGCUGGCAAGGGCUGCGUUUUCCAAGUUCCUCGUGGCAACUAUUAUAGCUUCGCAAAUAUCCAUAGCAAAGAAGUACGGCUAUUUUUCACCCAAGGACAGCUCCCCGAGGAGGAAGAGGAGAACGACACUCAGGCCACUACUCCCGAAGCUGGCACUGAGAGCGAGAAUGAGGCUGAAACCGCAUCCGCUGCUCCUGCUUCUGCCUCUGUUAAGAAGGGCAGAGGACGCCCUAGAGGCAGGAAGAAUGACAGGCAGCCCCCAACUCCCGAAGCUGGCACUGAGAACGAGAAUGAGGCUGAAACCGCAUCCGCUGCUCCUGCUUCUCCCCCUGUUAAGAAGGGCAAGGGACGCCCUAGGGGCAAGCAGAAAAAGACGAGCAAAUGA